AUGCGGAGAAAGUAUGUUAACCUACAGCUUUUUGAAGGGCUAUUUAAGGGAGUUCUCGGGGUUAAGGGACCGGAGGAUGAUCGUUCAGGGUCUUAA